UGACGUCACUUCCUGUCAGCUGUCUCUUCCGGAUGCUGGAAUAGGAAAACACUGCACGAUAUGGAUUAAUUAAGAUGACAACACGCGCUCUUUAACGUCCCGGGAGACGCCUGCACCGGCCGCAGUGGAGUUGCGGAGAGGAGAACAGACGACAGAGGCCGUGUGUCGGAGCCGUUUCUGGGGUCGAGCCUCCUCGUUUUUGACGGAGCCUCCGUGUUUGUGUCAUCCUGCUAGCUUAAGCCCGCACAGCGUUAGCCGCUCCACGCAGACAGAUAUCUCCUCUCAGUGAGCCGAUCGUCUGACCCGUCUGACAUAUCUGCGGAUUUCUGUUGCUCCCACUGUUUUAGUUUUGUUCCGUUUUUCCUCCAUGUUUGACUGGAAGCCUUAAACCUAAAAACUACUUUAAACCGUCCUCGACACGUUUCUUUUUAAAGUUAUUGGAUUUCUCUCUUAUCAAUAAGAGGACGAAAUGGGUGUCAUCUGGACUUCACUGGCCUCGAAGAAAACUCAGCAGAUCCUUUGUAAAUAAGAUUUCACUGUCAGUCUUUAUUCUGCUGACAGGACACUUAACCCGCGGCAAGUAGCAUCCCGUGUCUGGAUUUGGCUGAGGAAGACUGGAGGAUUUCUUGUUUUUGUGUUGUUUUUUUCAGCUAUAGUUGUACUUUAAGAGCCUAAGUUCAACAGCAAAGGAUGAAUGGCCUCUCUCUCAGUGAGCUCUGCUGCCUGUUCUGCUGCCCGCCGUGCCCGAGCCGUAUUGCAGCCAAGCUCGCCUUCCUGCCCCCGGAGCCCACCUACACUUUUCUGCCAGACCCGGAGGCAGGCUCAGUCGGACAAGGAGCAUCAGGAUCGUCAAGCCUGCGGUCACGGAGCGGUGCAUCAGUGUCCGGAAGCGGAGGGGCUGUGGAGGGAAGAUGGAAGCUUCACCUGACAGAGCGAGCGGAGUUUCAGUACUCCCAACGCGAGCUGGACAUGACAGAGGUGUUUCUUGCUCGAUCCAGUCGAGGCAACAGAGUCGGCUGCAUGUACAUUCGUUGUUCACCCAAUGCCAGAUUUACAGUACUUUUCUCACAUGGCAAUGCAGUUGACCUCGGCCAGAUGAGCAGUUUCUACAUUGGUCUUGGAACCCGGAUCAAUUGCAACAUCUUCUCUUACGACUACUCAGGCUAUGGCAUCAGCACUGGUAAACCCUCUGAGAAGAAUCUCUAUGCAGAUAUCGAUGCUGCCUGGCACGCCCUGCGUACACGCUAUGGCAUCAGCCCAGAGAACAUCAUCCUGUAUGGCCAGAGCAUCGGUACCGUUCCCACUGUCGACCUGGCGUCACGUUAUGAGUGUGCAGCCGUGGUUCUUCACUCACCUUUAACCUCUGGCAUGAGAGUGGCCUUUCCCGAAACAAAGAAAACCUACUGCUUUGACGCUUUUCCGAACAUUGAGAAAGUAUCCAAGAUCACUUCUCCGGUACUCAUCAUCCACGGGACAGAGGACGAGGUGAUCGACUUCUCCCAUGGCCUGGCCCUGUUCGAGCGCUGCCCGAAGGCCGUGGAGCCUCUGUGGGUGGAGGGAGCGGGACACAACGACAUUGAACUGUAUAGCCAGUAUCUGGAGCGCCUGCGCCGUUUCAUAGGACAGGAGCUGGCGGUGCAACACGCCUGACAGUCACCACCGCCGCCACCGCCAUCGUCAUAGCUACCGUUUCUCCUGGUCCACCUCCGGCCUUGUCUCUCCGCGAUGAAGAUGAUGCCGCGUUAUGGAGACUGUCACUCAGCAGAAGCCAGCCUCCCGGAGAGCUCAGUCUCAGCGCUCAGCUGGCCGACGGUGGAUCAAGACGAGGAGGAAGCUUGUGUUCGUAUUUGGAUGUGUGAGUGGUAAACAGCAUUUAGACUGUUGUCUUGUAGCAGGAACGUUACCAGCACAGCUGUUGUGUGUCACAUGGCAGAAAGUUGUGUUAAUAUUCGGUGCAAUAACAUGGACAGUGUCCACAGGUGAACGGCUUCUGUUGAUAUUCGAUGGUAAUGAGUCGGGCGAACAACAAAGUACAGCAUGUCCAUGUAGGUCAUCUACGUCGUGGUCGACGGUGGAAGAUCCUGUCGUUUUCGCAGCCUCAUACAAUUUGUGCAUAACUUUAAUUUCCUGCUAUUAACCAAAGUUUGAGGAGAAGCCUGGGAAGCACUUUUCAUUAGAGGGCUCUCCAGCUUCACAGUUCCGCUGGGAAAUGUUUUGGGUUUUUUUUGUAAUCACCUUUUGGAAUAGCAAAUUUGAGUUACCACUUCCAUAUUAGCGACACUUGUGCAAUCAGUGCAAUCCAGUGUAAGAUUAUAAAAAUGAUUGGCGUAUCAGGGGUAUUAUCUGACCCGAUUAGUUGUAGUUAUUGGUCGAUCGAUGCUGCAUUGGACUGCAUUAUUUUGGAAAGUGUUUUUAAUAUUGUGGUGGCAUCAGUGGGUGUUAGUCUUUAUUUUGAGUCUUUUGUUGUUACUGUAAUAAACCUUUUGCUCAGGUAAACCCUGUUUUAGCCUUUGCGGUGGUGUAGUCUCCACUUGUUUUAGGUGGAGUCAGAUGAGCUCGGCAUAUCCUUCAAACAACGAUGUCUAACGUCAUUCUGAUUCAGAGUGUUGGAGCUAUUGGAUUCUUUGAUUGUGUUUCUGAAACGGAGGUACAGACCGUAACCGAAAGCCUCACCAGUUCGAUAACACUCUACCCUGAUAGUGGCUUCGCUGUGGAGGAAAAGCUAAAAGUUCCAGAGCCUCAGAAGGAAACCACCUCCUGUUCCUUCAUUCAGUGGAAUGUCUGAGAGUCUGCUCGGCCCAUGUGUUUUGUUUUAAUUAUGUUUGUGUCUCACACCAGUAGGUCACAGCUGCCAGUGAAGUUCCUGUUUCCCUCAGAGUCUGGAACAGAGAAGCAACACUAAAACAGACCGUGGUGGUGCAUCUUCAGCGUGUUUUAUCCGCUCAUGUCUUCAUUGUAUCAAAUUAUGUUUUGACUCCCCUCUUCGUCGUACGUGUUCCUUUUCGAUGGGACAUGUUUGUUUGAAUGAAAACACAGUUAUGUGUUUCAUGAUCACCAGCAAAAUGAAAUAAAGCAGCCUAAAUAUUGUUAGGUUUAUUUUAUUUUUAAUAAUGGAUGCACCUCAGUAACAUAUACUAGAUUCACCAAAAUCAGAUUAGCACAGAUGUUUCUAACAAAUUACAGUCGCAUGAGCUCGAGGUGUUUCACAGCUUCACCAGCUUUUAUAAAGAGUCUGUUUAGGAGCAACUCUGAAACUAGAACAUUUAAAUUUAAAAGUUGGAUAUGUGAAGAGUGUUGACAUAAGUUUUUCCGUAAGACAUUAAAAUUACACUUUACUGCCACCCUGUGUAAGAGUCUCGUGAAAAACUUGACAUCAAUAGGUGUUUUGUACUUCCUUCCUCGGGUGAGGCAUUUUAAAAAUGAUUGUGCAUAAUGUUUGUACCUCUGCGCACAAAUACCAUUAAAUAUUUGGGGAUAGUUACUUGUGUAAAGCAUAACCUCUUUGUAACACUUGAUUUUACAGCACAGUGUUUUUCUAGCUGAUGUUGAGAUUGUCUAACUAUUAAAGCUCAAACUUGUGGUUUUGAACUAUUAUUUGGUCUUAUUGCACUAAAUUAUAUGAGGAAAUUUUACUAAUUGCUACAUACCAAGUCUCCUAAUCAUCUUUACAGACUUUUUUUUUCUGUUUCAGUCAAUUAAAGAUGAACUUUAUGAGUUUUUAUCGACAGGCUGCAGCAGUCCAGUCAUUUUGAGUUAAUAGGAUAGAUAGAUCAUUGUUGCAGUUCCUCAUCAUUAAAGAAAAUCUUGGCCUGACUAAACACAACCUAUGAAAGUAAAAAAGAUAAAUAUGCAGUGCAAUGUAAGGUGUUUGUGUUCAGGAUGCAGUCGCAGUACAUCACCAAACCUUCAAACCAAAAUUAGGACAUUUAGGGUGAAAGGAGAAGGGAUCAAAUGCUUUUACUGAGAUGAGAUGUUGUUUUUUUAAUGUUUGGCGCUGAGCCUUUCACUGUUAGACUUCUUAGUUUAAAGCUAAUUUACAAGUGUUUGGUUGUGUUUGAAGAGAGGUGAGCAUUUUAGAGCUUCAUUGUUGAUUCAUCAACCAAUGGUGAAGUAUUUUUUAACACUUAAAGUGUAGACGCAGUUUAUUUUUUGUAUGUGCAUUAUUCAGAAAUCUUCCAAUCUUCAACCUCUGCUCUGAUUGGUCCCAGAUGUUUUUCCACAGCACCAUAAAAUUCACAUUCACCAUGAAUUUCUAGUCUGGUGAAAUAUGUGUGUUUGACCAGGAAAUGCCAGCUUUGAGAUAUGCAGAAACACAGAAUGAAUACCAGAGUUCAGCUGUAUUUUUUCAGUGCUGUUAACAUAUUUAACAGUUGUGUCGGAGCUUAAUGAAGCAGUACAUCAAAGAUGUGUUAAAUAUGUUUAGAUGAGUUGUGUGAGGAUGAAAGAAACACAGAGGUUUAUUUAAGAAAGAAAGAAAACUUUACUAUCUGAAUGUGUGGAUUUCAAGACGGGUUUAUUGUAACGAGCUGUGGAUAACAUUUUCAGUGUUGCACAUUCUUAUUCAUUUAUCUUGACAAAUUUUAGUUUUGGAAGUUUUUGUCUCUUUACCAAAUCUCAAAGAGAGUCAAUAAAACAUAACCAGAAGUUCA